GGUUUAGUCAAGCUGUUCGCUCUGUCACGGCUCUACGUGUCACGUUUUCCUCUGCAACAUGAUCGGUGUGAGGAAAAAAUUCGUCAUGCUGGGAGUGAGUGCGGUCACGCUUCUGGGCAUUCUCAUAGCGAUCAUGGUGGUCCUCGUUACGCACACUUCGGGAUUCGAGUGCGGUCCGAGGUUCGAGAGUUCCUCGGAACUCAGUUAUUACAAGAAGGGUGCGGUGACGACAAAUGGUCAGGAAUGUGCGGCGAUCGGCGCCAAUAUGUUAGCUAAGAGCGGUUCAGCAGUGGACGCGGCAAUAGCAGCGCUCCUCUGCGAAGGCAUCGCGUCCCUGCACAGUAUGGGCUUGGGCGGUGGAUUUCUCAUGACGAUUUGGGACGCGAAGAACGAGAAGGCGGACUUUUUGGACGCGAGGGAGGCCGCGCCAUCGGCCGCGAAAGAGAACAUGUUUGACGGCAAUGCCGAGCUAGCUAUGUAUGGUGGCUUGGCGGUCGCGGUUCCAGGUGAGGUCAUGGGUUAUUGGGAGGCGCAUCAAAAGUACGGCAGAUUGAAAUGGUCUGAGUUAUUCGAGCCCGCGAUCGAAUUGUGUAAAAAGGGAUCUCGCGUAAACGAUUAUCUCGCCGCCUAUCUACGUGAAAAGGGACCCAUGAUAAAGGAGGAGAGUACUUUAAGGGAAAUACUCAUCGAUCCUGCCACCAACGAACCGUGGGUUGCAGGAGACAGGAUAAAACGACCGAAACUGGCGAAAACACUAAAACUGUUAGCCCUAGAAGGUCCUAAUAUAUUUUACAACGGCACUAUUGCUGACGAGUUGGUCGAGGAAAUAACGAGGUUCAAAGGGAUAAUUACGAAGAAGGAUUUUCAGAUCUACAAAGCCAGGUGGAGGCAGCCGGUCGCGCUGAAAAUAGGCAAUCUGACGAUUUAUAGCGCCCCGCCGCCAGGUUCAGGCGCAAUUUUAACGUUCAUAGUGAAUGUCCUUCACCGGUUGAUACCGGUAAGUAAUGAACACGUACUGUGGCAACGUAUAGUGGAAACUUUUAAGUGGGCUUACGCAAGAAGAACUGAACUGGGAGAUCCUGAAUUCGUCGAUGACAUAGAUGAGGUGGUCGCAAAUUUAACGUCAAACGAUUACGCGGAUAUGAUACGGGAAAGAAUAAGUGAUUACUCCACGAGCCAAGAUCCGAAAGAUUACGGUGCUGUUACUGAAGGAAUAGAGGAUUCAGGCACCGCUCAUAUUUCCGUCCUUGCUCCCGAUGGUUCUGCCGUUUCCGUUACAUCGACCAUUAAUCAAGUGUUCGGCGCGAUGAUACGCUCGAAUACCACUGGUAUAAUAUUCAACGAUGAGAUGGACGACUUCAGCUCGCCCAAUAUAACCAACGGCUUCGGACUCCCGCCGUCGCCGGCGAAUUUCAUCCGACCCGGCAAACGGCCAUUGAGCUCGAUGUGCCCGACUGUUGUGCUCGACGGAAACAACAAUGUGCGAUUAGUGAUAGGUGCGGCUGGUGGCACGAAAAUCACAAGUGGUGUCGCGAUUGGUAUGAUUCUGAACCUUUUCAACAGUUACAACAUAAAGGAGGCGAUUGACGCUCACCGACUUCAUCAUCAACUAUUGCCAAUGACGGUGCAAAACGAACACGAUUUUUGUGAUGCUACGUUGGAUUACUUGAAGAAAGUCGGGCACAACGUUACUACUUUCAGUGGAAUUGGCAGUGCGAUCACGGCUAUAUCCAGAGAAAAAGGAUAUAUAACUGCAAACUCGGAUUAUCGCCGGCAAGGGAGAACGGCGGGAUUCUAGAAAUUACGUUCUUGACGUUCUACGCGAACGACUUUGUAACGCUGAUGAUUCCUUUGUAUUACCGCAACUCUCUGCGACGGAAAACUGUUGCCAGUAAUUUUGAGCCUUUUUACACCCACGUUCACUCUCCACGGCAUGGAAUCUCUAUUACCAUACGUCCCGUUUCAUGAAAUAGGAAGAAAGAGUGCAGAGUAACAAUAGAUGUAUGAGACUGCGCGCGCGGUCCUUACAACUUCCGUAAUCAAAAUGCGUCAGAUCAUUAAAAGAAGGCUAUUAUAUGAUCACCAAUCUGUAUUUUUCUAAUGACGCAUAGUGGGAUGAAAAACGUUUGUUGGCUGAGGAAACAGAACAGUAGAGUGGGUAGGAAGGAAUGAGGGAAUUGCAAAACGUGGAGGAAAGUACAUACCUAUGGCAAGAGACAAACAGAAUGCUGAUAAAAAGUAUGUCCUUGUUCAGUUUUUCACAUCCUUUCGGCGCACUUUAGAUAUUAUACGUUUAUGAGAGUAACAAACAAAAAGGUGCUUCUCAAAGUUGCAAGGUCGUCCACGUGGGGAAUAUUCGACAUUAGACAAUUUUUGUGACAUGUAAAUAUCGAGUUUAACUUUCAAUUAUAUUUCGAGGUGAAACUUAUAUACAUACGUGCUCGUAUGUAUAUAAGUUAUAUACAUACGUGCAAAACGAAUUGUUCGCAUCCGAAUGCUGUAACGUACAUUGCGUCGAUUUGCGGAAACGCGAGAAAAAGCUAUUUAUCUAUUUAAAUUAUCGUUGAACCACGAUACGCGCGUACAAUGGUAUCGAUGGACGCGUAAGGACAGUGUAACAAUUUACGUCUGUGUUUCUCAUUUGGCUGUAAAUACUUAACACGAUUACGGUCGUACGUGCUCGCGUGCAUUCGAUUAUUAUCGCUCACGGAUCAUCGCAUUUG